UUGUCUAUUAGAGAUUUAAGGAAUCAAAAUGAUAACAAUAAAUACUCUCUAGGCGAUAUUUUUUUUUGUUUUUCUGGUCAAACUUUAGGCGAUAUCUGAGUGCCCAAAAGUGUCAGCAACUAUAGCCUUGGCGACAAGUCAACGGUGAACAACAUACUGACAUCCCCUCCAUGAAGCCAAGAAACGCAUCUUCCCAAGUUCAAACGUGCAUCCCACGCUCCUCACUCUUCAUAUAUACUCCCUCCAACCAACUCAUGCCAACCUCCAAGAGCCUCAAUGGCAAUCGGAACCCCCCGCCCCUCUUCCCUAACCCCUAAUACAAGUAAUCUCUUUAUCGAAUCACCGCUACCACAGUCCCCUGGCCCAUCAUCUAUGCCAUCGCCGUCGCCGACUCGCUCGCCACGAAUAGUCUCUGCCACACCUCGAAUAGUCUCACCCUCAUCCGGAAACGUAUCACCCCUUAGAUCACCUCCUAUAUCCCUCGAGCAGCCAUCGAACAAGAAAAGCCGCUCAAAAUCUUCCAAGAUCUUCCGCCGUUUCCGUUCGGUAUUCAAGUCGUUUCCAAUCAUCAACCCGACGUGUAAAAUCCCAGUUUCUCUUCACGGAAGCCGGGCACCCGAGGGGCACAUCCAUGGAGGGACGCGCAUGACCGGUACACUUUUUGGGCACCGUAAGACACGGAUUAACUUUGCAAUCCAACAAAACCCAAGGAGCAUUCCAAACCUCGUACUCGAGCUUGCAGUACCGACGGGGAAGCUUCUUCAAGAUAUGGGAACCGGGCUCACGAGGAUAGCACUAGAGUGCGAAAAACAACCAUCUGACAAGACGAAGCUAAUCGACGAGCCAAUAUGGACUAUGUAUUGCAACGGCCGGAAGGUAGGUUAUGCUGUGAAGAGGGAGCCGACCGAAGAUGAUCUAAGCAUCAUGCAGACAUUGCAUGCGGUUUCGAUGGGAGCUGGGGUGAUUCCGACCGAGGUUGUAGAUCCGCCGGAUGGUGAGCUGACUUACAUGAGAGCACAAUUUGAGCGGGUGGUUGGUUCUAAGGAUUCCGAAACGUUUUACAUGAUGAACCCAGACGGCAAUAACGGACCAGAACUUAGCAUCUUCUUUGUCAGGAUAUAAGUACUUGCGAGUAUUUUGGACCUCGAAGUAGAUGGAAAGUGUCUUUCUUUCUCUUUUUUUUGGUCAGUUUGGUGUAAGUUGUGAUAUAGAUACAUGGCCAACGUUAGUUGUAUAGAGCAAAGGGAGGCAGAAGAACUGUGAAGCAUCGUGUCGUUUUUUACUGUUCAAUCAUCUUCAGUCCAAUACGUCGCUUGUGUCGUUGGCUUCCCUUGGACAAAAUUUCAGACUUACAAAGCUGAGAUGGGCCAAGUGGAAAAAUGAACUUCUUCCCAAUUAGUUGUCUUAUCCUCGAAACCUAUGUUGGAUAUUUUAGUUUUUGAUGUAAACCAACUUGCUUCGAAUUAAUGAAAUCUUCGGCG